AUGCAUGCAGUGCAUUCAGAAUCAAUCUCGCGGAAAAAUGUGACUCAAGAUCGAAACGACUGCCUUAAUUUAGAAUUACAACACGACGUAGACCUGAAUGAAGUACAAUCCGCACGCGACAGCAAAGUAUCUGCCAGUGCGCAGAGUCGAUCCGAUUUCGUUGCGAGGGAAAUACUUUGGUAUUCAAAUUUUUCAACAAACAGUAAUCUUCGCUACCAUCGCUCCUUUCAAGAUGCGGUUGCAAGCAGCCACCUGCGCGCUUCUGACGCUCUCUUUCUUUCUACCGGCACGCGCUACUUCCCCCUUCUACACUAG